AUGAGGAAAACUAUGAAAAAGUUAAUAGCCUUCUAUGGGGGUACUCGCAAGGUCUCAGAGGCAGUCAAUGGUUUUAUCAACCUUACUGGAUAUGAACCCAUUCAGGGAGAAUGCAGAAACUUUGAUCUUGCUGGAACAUUUGAUGUUGCUGGGACAUUUGAUGUUGCUGGAGCAUUUCAUGUUGCUGGGACAUUUGAUGUUGCUGGAGCAUUUCAUGUUGCUGAGACAUUUGAUGUUGCUGAGACAUUUGAUGUUGCUGAGACAUUUGAUGUUGCUGGAACAUUUGAUGUUGCUGGAACAUUUGAUGUUGCUGGAACAUUUGAUGUUGCUGGAGCAUUUGAUGUUGCUGAGACAUUUGAUGUUGCUGGAACAUUUGAUGUUGCUGGAGCAUUUGAUGUUGCUGAGACAUUUGAUGUUGCUGGAACAUUUGAUGUUGCUGGAACAUUUGAUAAUACUGGAACAUUUGAUGUUGCUGGAACAUUUGAUGUUGCUGGAACAUUUGAUGUUGCUGGAACAUUUGAUGUUGCUGGAACAUUUGAUGUUGCUGGAGCAUUUGAUGUUGCUGGGACAUUUGAUGUUGCUGAGACAUUUGAUGUUGCUGGAACAUUUGAUAAUACUGGAACAUUUGAUGUUGCUGGGACAUUUGAUGUUGCUGAGACAUUUGAUGUUGCUGGAACAUUUGAUGUUGCUGGAACAUUUGAUAAUACUGGAACAUUUGAUGUUGCUGGAACAUUUGAUGUUGCUGGAACAUUUGAUGUUGCUGGAACAUUUGAUGUUGCUGGGACAUUUGAUGUUGCUGGAACAUUUGAUGUUACUGGAACAUUUGAUGUUGCUGGAACAUUUGAUGUUGCUGGGACAUUUGAUGUUGCUGGAACAUUUGAUGUUGCUGGAACAUUUGAUAAUACUGGAACAUUUGAUGUUGCUGGAACAUUUGAUGUUGCUGGAACAUUUGAGGUUACUGGAACAUUUGAUGUUGCUGGGACAUUUGAUGUUGCUGGAACAUUUGAUGUUGCUGGGACAUUUGAUGUUGCUGGGACAUUUGAUGUUGCUGGGACAUUUGAUGUUGCUGGGACAUUUGAUGUUGCUGGGACAUUUGAUGUUGCUGGGACAUUUGAUGUUGCUGGAACAUUUGAUGUUGCUGGGACAUUUGAUGUUGCUGGGACAUUUGAUGUUGCUGGGACAUUUGAUGUUGCUGAGACAAUUGAUGUUGCUGGAACAUUUGAUGUUGCUGGAACAUUUGAUGUUGCUGGAGCAUUAGAUGUUGAGAGAGUAUAUUGUAUUGUUGAGAACAAUGACCCUGUGUACACGCUUAAGCGUCUUGGGGCUGAUGGAAGUUUUUUUGUGACAUGUUUAAAUGUCUACAAUUAA